AUGUACCAUGCAACCUACUUCAACCCCACAACAUCACGCCUACCUCCACCCCACAACAUCACGCCUACCUCAACCUCACAACAUCACGUCUACCUCAACCCCACAACAUCACACCUACCUCAAUCCCACAACAUCACGUCUACCUCCACCCCACAACAUCACGCCUACCUCAACCCCACAACAUCACGCCUACCUCCACCCCACAACAUCACGCCUACCUCAACCUCACAACAUCACGCCUACCUCAACCCGACAACAUCACGCCUACCUCCACCCCACAACAUCACGCCUACCCCAACCCCACAACAUCACGCCUACCUCAACCUCACAACAUCACGCCUACCUCAACCCCACAACAUCACGCCUACCUCCACCCCACAACAUCACGCCUACCUCCACCCUACAAUAUCACGCCUACCUCCACCUCACAACAUCACGUCUACCUCAACCCCACAACAUCACGCCUACCUCCACCUCAAACAUCAGGCCUACCUCAACCCCACAACAUCACGCCUACCUCCACCCCACAACAUCAGGCCUACCUCCACCCCACAACAUCACGCCUACCUCCACCCCACAACAUCACGCCUACCUCCACCCUACAAUAUCACGCCUACCUCCACCUCACAACAUCACGUCUACCUCAACCCCACAACAUCACGCCUACCUCCACCUCACAACAUCACGCCUACCUCAACCCCACAACAUCACGCCUACCUCCACCCCACAACACCACACCUACCUCAACCCCACAACAUCACGCCUACCUCAACCCCACAACAUCACGCCUACCUCAACCCCACAACAUCACGUCUACCUCCACCACACAGCACAACACCUACCCCGACCCUACAACAGUAUACCUACCUCCACCACACAGCACAACACCUACCUCAACCCUACAACAUUAUACCUACCUCCUCCACCCUACAACACAAUACCCACCUCGUCCUCACAACACCACGCUUGCCUCCAUCCCACAACACCACAACAACCUCCACCCACACAACAGGUUUACGACACAGGGGCCAGAGGAUUUGUUACUGUCUAUGA